GUUUCACAGGUUGCCUUAGAGCAACAAGGACUGUGACACCUGUUCCAGAAGAGUCAGGAAAUCGAGCCUUAAACUAUAGUUGGGAAUAUUGUACGCGGUUUAAUGGUUUAGCCUAGCCUGCAAAACUCCUGGCGUAACAGGAACUGCUUUCUCCAGACGGAGACAACAGGAGCCCUCUCGUUUCUAAAUCAUUCAGCUAACCACGCAGUUGUUUAAAACGGCGGGGACAGCUGCGUUCAUGUGCGACACCUACAACUUGGAUUCGCAGUGCGUGUCACCACCAUGCAAUAUGAGCUGGGCGAUGGAGCCUACAAACUUCUACGACAAUAAGUUGAGCGGUGUCCCUGGAGACAAUAAACCUAUGCGAGAUGGCACUAGCGAGGACAGUAGCAUGGUCGAACUAAGCAACGCUCAUGCCAUUUAUGAUGAUGAAAGCGCCAUCGACUUCAGCGUUUACAUCGACUCCAUGUCUUCAGCACCAAACUUCGAACUCUGCAACGACGAGUUGUUUGCUGAUUUGUUCAACAGUGCUGUAAAGCAGGAAAAGGCUGACUUAUACCAGCCAAACACAAUAUCAAGCAACAUGCAGUUGUCAAACUGCGCGUUUUCCGUCUCAAAGGAUUUCGGAAAAGGAAGUUUCAGUGCGCCAAUAAAACAGGAGAAUGACUGGAGUGACAGUGACAUGUCUUCGUCGUUGCCCUCGCAGAUAGAGACCUGCGCUCAGACCUCCGUCAGCUUGCAUACCGGACAGCCAACGCCUCCGACAACGCCGGAGCCACUCUCUGCGGAGUCCAUCACCCCAUCCGGACAACGGAGGACGGGAAAAGACAAGAUUAAAAAGACUGUUGACCGAUUUAGUCCGGAAUAUCGCCAACGACGCGAACGGAAUAACAUUGCUGUGCGUAAAAGCAGGGACAAGGCCAAGCGGCGCAAUUUGGAAAUGCAGCAAAAGUUGAUCGAACUGAGUGCAGAGAACGAACGCCUGCAUAAAACUAUCGAUCAUCUAACGCGUGAACUUAGUAGUCUCAGAGCCUUCUUCAAACAGCUUCCCGAUUCAGCAUAUGAAACGCGUGCUACUGCUGACAGUCGGUGACACGUGAAACCUACCAAAGCUUGCCUUUUAGAAGCGAGCUAUUCGAACAUACCUCAAGGGACUUGAAUAUGCAUUUACGCUGUAGCAUACGUGCAUUGAGUUACAGCUGAACUUUGGCACUGAACUUCGAGUUGCUGCCCUUUUUGUGAAUAUCUUCGGAUUUUUUUUUUUUUUAAAUUCUAAAUUAUUACAAACUUCAUACGUUAUGGUACGUUUUAUAAUUCCACUUUGUAUUGAUGCCAGAGCAUGUUUUUUUUGGAAACUUUAUAUAUAGUUUGUACAAAAACUGGAACAUUGUUAGUAAAUGAGUAAUAAAAUUACAUGAAAUCUUG